AGCUUCUCCUGCUGCAGCUGAUCCAACAAAUCGACCUACAAUGUGGACUAAACUAUUUGCAGUUUUGCUGUUGACAGCUUCGCUAGCCCAAGGCAAACCCAGUGGAAACGAAGUCGAGGGCAACUACGACUCCGAGAUGAGCGCGUUCAUGGACGCACUGCCGAAUCUGGACGACACCCCCGAUGGAUUCGGUCAGCGGUCGGACAUCUCGGCGGAACCGGAGGCGGACGACAUCCUGGCCAACCUGGACGACGAGUACGAGGGGGCGGAGCACUGCGCCUGGAACCAGUGCGACAAGGACCUGAGCGAAUCGAGGGGCAUCGGGCGGUUCCUGGACCUGCCCUUCAUCCGGAAGAUAGCCAGCAACCUGAACCCGUUCGCCAGCAAGAAGCUGCGCAUGCAGUUCUACCUCUUCAAGCGGGAGUUCCCCCAAUGCGGACGGGAGCUGGACUUCUCCAGCGAGCAGAAGUGGCGGAGCUCCGGCUUUAAUGCCUCCCUGCCCACCAGGCUGAUGAUCCACGGCUGGAUGAGCCAGUCGCGGGGAUCCUUCAACCGGGACGUGAAGGACGCCUAUCUGAAGAAAGGGGAGUACAACGUGAUCGUGGCUGAUUGGAGCGCCAGCUCGGCGAACAUCAACUACUUCUCGGUGGUGAACCUAAUCGAGACCUUCGGAGCGCAGCUCGCCCAGUUUGCCAGGGACCUCAACCGCCAGUUCGGAGCCGACUUCGACAGCAUGUACUUCAUCGGUCACUCCUUGGGAGCCCAGAUCGCCGGUUCGGCGGGAAAGAGGCUGAAGCCGAGCCAGGUGAACACCAUCUUCGCCUUGGAUCCGGCGGGGCCCAAGUUCCGCCAUCGCAGCGCCGAGUUCCGCAUUGAUCCAACGGACGCCAAGUUCGUGGAGUCCAUGCACACCAGUGCCAACUUCGGGUUCCGGCGACCCACUGGCAGUGCCACCUUCUAUCCGAACUACGGGGCCUACCAGCGCAGCUGCUACUACCUCGGCUGCUCCCACAUCCGCUCCUACCAGAUGUUCGCCGAGUCCAUCAACUCGCCGAAGGGAUUCUGGGGCACUCCCUGCACCCGGGACGAGGGAAGGUGGCAGUGCGACCAGAGCAAGCGGCAGACCGUCCAGAUGGCGGGGGAGCCCUCCGUCCACAAGGAGGGCAUCUUCUACGUGAGGACCUCCUCCGGCGAUCCCUUCGCCCUCGGCAAGCAGUGAGGAUUGGUUGGCCACUGCUAUGAAGUUAUUUUAAAGUAGAUAUAGUAAAUUAAAUGUGA